AUGAGUGAAGUGUUAAAAUCACUUCUUCAUUAUCUUAAUUCUAAUGGAACCUGUAGUAUGAUAUUACCGUUAACACGUGAUUUAGAAAAUGCCCAUUUCGAAUUAGCUGAUGCAUUGAAUAAACUGUUACCAGAGCCUAUAAUAAAACAAAUGGCAAAAUAUAAACAUUUAGAGCCUCAAUUAAAAGAAUUGGAAUCUUCAGCAUAUCGUGUUAAUCGACAUAAACGUAAUCUAAAUCAAAGUUAUAGUCGAAGUCGAAGUACAGUUAAAAAAGAGAAAGCAAAUAUAAAUUACAGAGCAUCUUCAGUGAAUUAUGAUUAUUUAACUAAUAGUUUAAUGGAUAAAAUGAAUUCAAUUGAAAAUGAAGGUACAAUGGCUUGUUGUGAUGCACUUUUUGUACUUGUGUCAACUUAUAAACAAUUCAGUGAUCGAAUAUAUUCUAUAUUAAAUUAUUUAUUCGAAGAAGUUAACAAAUUGCAUGAAUGUGCUUCAAAAGAAUUGAAUAUAUCAUAUGCUAAAUCAUUACAAAAUAUGGAAAAUGCAACUCAAGCUACUAAAUGGAAAGCAUCAAGUAUAAUGACUUGUCAAGAUCAUGAAGGUUCCACAUAUAGAAGUUCAUCAAUUGGACGAAUAAUGUCUAGUAGCAAUUUUGAUUCGAAUGAUCAUUUGACCUCGGAAAAAAUUGAACAUGAUGAUCCACUUUCUGUAACUGGACUUAACAAUGAAUUAUUGAAGAUAAUGAAACAUCAAAAACUAUCUAGUGGAACAAUCGGUUCAGUUCAUUCAUCUCAUUGUUUGAAUAGAAAAUCAUCUUCAUCAUUAACACCGCCUCCACCGCUACCAACAACACCACCAUCGCCAUCAUUAAAAACACAAGCGAAGACAUUAAUGACCAAUGGAUUAAAUGGAAUACAAUUUAACGAAUCUUUAACAAACAGAGAUACGAACAAAACACCAUGUUUACCCUCAUCAGUCUCACUCACAACAACAACAAAGUCAAAUGAAAUCUUAGAUUGCCAUGAUCAUGAACUAUCUAAUCAUACAACUAACUUAAACUCUGUUAAUGUUGAAAUGACAAAAUCCAUUGAUACCAAUAAUCCUGAUUUGAAAAAUAACAAUUAUGAUGAUAUUGAUAACAUUAAGAAGAAUAUCAAUAACAGUGGUAAUAAAGAACAGUUUGCAUUGACAAACAAUUUGCUAACCAAUUCAACUUCUUCAACUAAUUCUAUUUGUAAUUAUCCAUAUUAUUCCAGUCAACAAUCAAAUCAAUACAAACAAUAUUAUCCUUAUGAUCAUCUUAAAGCAUUAGCUGUUUCAUCGAUUUAUUCAAUGAAUAACACUAUUCCUAGUAGUCACUCAUUUACUGAGAAAACUGAUGUGGUACUACCCACUACAGAACCUUCAAAUUUAUAUAACAUGGAUUGUGCUACUAAAAAAUCAGCAAGUAGCAUGCUUUAUUUGAAUAAAAAUAACGUGAGUUCACUGAAUGAUUGCUGUUGUGACAGUGAUACUGAGGAGAUUAGUUGUAUACCAAUAAUUGUUCAAAAAAAUUCAUGGUCAAACACUUCUCCCAUUAAUAAUAACAGUAAUAAUCAUAAGAAUAAAGACGAUGACAAUGAUAUGAAUAGUAAUCGUCAAAUUGAUUCAGAGCCUAUUAACAGAAAUGAUAAGCGCAGUAAUUUAUUGCGAGAAUCAUUGUUACAUGAUGAUGAAGUAAGAUCAUCAAAACAAAAUAUCAUGUCAUGGGGUUUUUUACCGUCACCCAUAACUGAGGAAGAGGACGAGUAAAUUAGAAAAAAUGUGAGAUAUUUACUCAUUGACUAGCAAAUGAACAUCUAUAUCUUAAAAAAUAACAGUAAAUUAUUUCUAUGAGAAAUCAAUUAUGUUCUUCAAUAACAUUAAUAAUCAUGCGUUUUGACUGGAUAUAACUAGAAAAAAAAAUGCCAUUUCA